AUGUCGACGCUACGCAUCCCCACCGCCUCCGGUGCCAACUCGGGCACCUUCAACGCGGCCAAGGGCGCUCUUGCCGGUGCAGGCGCCGGUGCCGCCGUCGGCUCCUCCUCGUCCACCAACAAGGCUGCCCCAAAAUCCUACCCUUUCUGGCUCGGAGGCGCGGCAGGAUGUUGUGCGGCGAGCAUCACGCAUCCGCUCGACCUGACCAAGUAUCGGCUGCAGACGGCGACGGUGAAGCAGGGCAUGCUGCGCACCAUGGUGCAGUCGGUGCGCACCGAGGGCGUGACGAGUCUGUGGCACGGCCUGACGGCGACGCUGCUGCGCCAGUUCACCUACUCGGUGACGCGGUUUGCGGUGUACGAGGACAUGAAGACGCGCGUGACGGCGCGUUCGGGCACCGCGCCUACGACCGCUGAGCUGGCGCUGUGCUCGGGUACCGCGGGUGCGGUGGCGGGCGUGGUGGGCAAUCCCGCCGAGAUCGUGCUGGUGCGCAUGUGCUCGGACCUCAACCAGCCGCGUGAAGCGCGCUACGGCUACCGCAACUGCAUCGACGGCCUCGUGCGCAUCGUGCGCGACGACGGCGCCGCCACACUCUUCCGCGGCCUCGCGCCCAACGUGGUGCGCUCGGUCGUGAUGAACAUCUCGCAGCUCGGCUCGUACGAUCUCUUCAAGGGCAUCCUCCAGCGACUGGAUGUGCUGCCCGAUGGACCCGUGCUUCAGACAGCGGCGUCGUUCUGCGCAGGUACGCUCAGCACCACCAUGUGCACGCCCAUCGACGUGGUCAAGUCGCGCGUCCAGAACCUCAAGGGCUCGGGCGUGGGUGUGGGCACCGUCAUCCGCGACGCGCUCGCAAAGGACGGCCCGGCCGUCUUCUUCCGCGGCUGGACCCCCGCAUGGCUGCGUCUCCAGCCCCAAACCACGCUCCUCUUCCUCUUCUUCGAACAGUUCAAGGCGCUCGUCGACAAGUCGCGCGCGCCCAGGCUCGACGACACGCGCGUCGCCAACUGA